AUGGAGACCCCUGGACGUCUGCGGCUGGGGUAUAUGGACCAAUUAGCCGAAGCGCAUUGUGAUGAUGACAACUGGACUGGAUUGAAGGAUCCAAAAGAGAGACGAAAACGCCAAGUCCGGUUAAGUUUAAGGGCACAUCGCAAGCGGAAAGCAGCACAACUUGCGGAACGGGAAAUGCCUUUGCACCCAAAUAUUGAGGCAGAAUCCGGUACUCGACAUGUUAUCUACCCUCCAAGCGACAACCAGGCUGUUCGCACAACGCCUAAUCUCUUCAUCCCUGCUGCUCUCGACCAGAGGGGCUCCUUUGUUCCCAUGCGAAAUCUAUAUCCAAUGUCGCGCGAUCAUUUAUUACCGCUGGUUCAGUACAACGCAUGGAGAGCAACCUUGACCAAUGUCCUCAUCUUAGGCCACCUCCACCUCAUAAGCCAACAAACCUGCCGCUUCGGCAGUUGCACUACUAUCUUUCCCAAUCCCUAUCAACGCAAAAGUUUACCAGAAUCUCUAAAGCCGACUGAACUUCAGCGAAGUACUUCAUACCCGGAUUGGAUCGAUAUCAUGCCUUCCCCAAGGAUGCGAGACAACGCAACCAGAACUCAGCGCCUGAUCUCGAAUGCCGAGCUAUGCGCUGAUCUUAUGGGCGGAAUCUCCGGUAAGCAGCAUAAUAUUGAGUCCGCGAUUAUCGUAUGGUCGGACCCUUGGGAACCUCGUGGUUGGGAACUCAGUCAAGGUUUCAUCCGCAGGUGGUGGUUUUUGGUUGAGGGCUGCAAUGAUUUGUUCGAAGCUACCAAUCGCUGGCGAGAUCUGCGAGGAGAUGAUCCUUUAGUCUUUGAGCGACCAUGA